AUGGCUGACGAAAAGGCUUCAUGUAGCGAGCACGUCAACCAACAUGGUGACCAGACGAAGAAACAUGGAAAGAAAGGGAAGAACAGGAAUCCUCGGAAGGAAAUGUCGCCUGAGCAUGUGGCAAAAGUUAGAGCGGAGAGAGAGGCGGCUAGGAAAGCUAAAAGGGAGGAGAUGCUUGCCAAGGGAAUGGACCCCGAUCAUCCACCUGAGCUACAAUUUAUUAAGAGGCCGUUAUUGACAUUGCACGAGGAUGAGCCCAUAGAGGGACUCAGUUUCAAGCUGUUGACUUACAAUUGCCUGGCACAGGCUUUGAUUAGAAGGAAACUGUUUCCAGAUAGUGGCGACUCUUUAAAAUGGUUUCGCCGAUCCAAAGUCUUACAGUAUGAGUUUAAACACUACAAUGCUGACGUUCUGUGCCUUCAGGAGAUAGAUUACAUCCAGUACCAGCAGUUUUGGAAAGACGAACUCGACAAACUGGGAUAUGACACACAGUUUUACAAGCAGCCAUGCAAGAAUCAUGGUGUCUCAAUUGCUUGGAAACGUCAUCUUUUCCAGCUUACCGACCGAAUGCUGAUAGAUUAUGACAAAGAGUCUUCUGGCAAGAUUGAGAAGAGAACUCUUACACAUAAUAGUGGUCUAAUUCUGGCAUUGAAGUUUACUGACGCGGCAAAACAGUCAUGUCCUCAUAUUCGCAAGUCCGGUAUCUUAGUUGGAACCAGUCAUCUCUUCUGGCAUCCGUUCGGUACCUAUGAGAGGACUAGACAGUGUUAUGUUGUACUAAAGAAGAUGAAAGAGUUUAUGAAAAGAGUUAACGUGCUGCAGAAUAACAAUGAUGGAAACCUUUCUCACUGGGUACCAUUCUUUUGUGGUGAUUUCAAUUCACAGCCAUUUGACACACCAUAUUUAUCAAUGACAUCAAAGCCUGUGGAAUACACUGGGAGAGCUAAGACUGUCGUAGAGUGUAGUACAUCCUAUACGUUUUCGAAACUCAGAAAUGGAGAAGAAGAUGCUGAAGACGAAGAAGGUGGUAAUAUUGAAAAGUUUGGCAAGGAUCAACCACAGACACCCGUACCUGAGACCUUCGAUGCCACUCCUGAACAACAAAAAUUGGUCGAAGAAAUGCAAGAGUUGCACAACUCAAUCGAUAUGAGAGCCAUUUCGUUGUAUGCAGUAGGAUACGGAGAAGUACAUCCUGAAAAUUCAGGCAUUGAUAAUGAUCGUGGUGAGCCUGAAAUGUCUAACUGGGCCAAUACGUGGCGAGGGUUGCUGGAUUACAUACUCCUAAUUACUCAGUGGGAUUCCUCUGACAGGAAAAAAGUUGACUCGCUGGAGACAUUUGAGAAAGAGAACUCAUUAAAGCUAAGAGGCUUAUUACGGAUGCCGCCUGCCAGCGAAAUGUCGCACCAUGGGCAACCGCACGAAGGAGAAUAUGCCAGUGACCACUUAUCGAUGAUGUGCACAAUCGAACUAACAGCCUAA